GACCAAAUUAAUACAGCAGAAAUUCGACAAUUUGAAGUAGUUACAGAAUAUUUAGUUCUAAAUCAAAAAAAUGAAACUAACUUAUUUUACAUUGUUAAUAUUGAAAUUUGUAUAUAUACUUGUUCUAUUAGAUUAUCUGGAGCUCCAUGCAAAUAUCAGGAUGUG